UGAAAAUAUUUUUUUUAACCUCAAAUAAUAUUGCACAUGAAAUCUUUAUUGUUUACCGCCAAUUUUGGUAGAUUAUUAUUUAAAAAAUUAACAAACAAUGUUAAAAUUAAAAAUAUAAAUUACAGUGUUAAUUCAAUUGACAAUAAUAAAAAAAUCAUGAAAGUCUUAAAUGUUGCUGAGAAAAAUGAUGCAGCUAAAAAUAUAUCUGGACUUUUGAGUCGAGGAAAUAGUCAAAGAAGAGAAGGUUUUUCAAAGUUCAAUAAAAUAUAUGAAUUUGACAUGAGACUAUGGAAUCAAAAUGUCAAAAUGACAAUGACAUCAGUAUCUGGACAUUUGUUAACUUAUGAAUUCAAUGGUGCUUAUAGAAAAUGGACUGGCUGUCAUCCAUUGGCUUUAUUUGAUGCUCCAGUAACAAAAUCAUGUCCAGAAAAUUUUACAAAAAUAAAACGUACAUUAGAACGUGAAAUACGUCAAUGUGAUGCAUUAAUAAUAUGGACAGAUUGUGAUAGAGAAGGUGAAAAUAUUGGCUUUGAAAUAAUAAAUGUUUGUCAAGCUGUCAAAAGAAAUAUUAAAGUAUACAGAGCUAAAUUUUCUGAAAUAACAAAUGCAUCAAUAACAAGAGCAAUACAAACACUUGAUGAACCACAAAAAAAUAUCAGUGAUGCUGUUGAUGUUAGAAGUGAACUUGAUCUACGAAUUGGUGCUGCAUUUACUAGAUUUCAAACUUUACGUUUACAAAAAGUAUUUCCUCAAAAAUUAUCUGACAUGUUAAUUAGUUAUGGUAGCUGUCAAUUUCCAACUCUUGGUUUUGUUGUUGAAAGAUACUUGGCAAUUGAAAGAUUUAAACCUGAGCCAUACUGGAAAAUUAAAGUAUCAGAUAAUUAUGACAAUAUUAAUGUUGAAUUUCGUUGGUCACGUGUACGUUUAUUUGAAAAAUUACCAUGUCAAAUAUACUAUGACAUUGUCAAUGAAAAAAAAGAUGCAAUUAUUGAAAAAGUAAUAAGUAAACCAAAAAGUAAAUGGCGUCCAUUACCACUUGAUACAAUUGAAUUAGAAAAACAAGGCUCAAAAAAAUUACGUAUGAAUGCCAAAGAAACUAUGAAAAUUGCUGAAAAAUUAUAUACACAAGGUUUAAUUAGUUAUCCACGUACUGAGACAAAUAUAUUUCCACGUGAAUUUAAUUUACAAACACUUGUACAACAACAAAUAGAACAUCAAACAUGGGGUAAUUAUGCACAACGUGUACUUCAAGAUGGUAUAACACCACGUGCUGGUAAAAAAAGUGAUCAAGCACAUCCUCCAAUACAUCCAACAAAAUUUACAAAUAAUUUACAAGGUAAUGAAGCUAAAGUAUAUGAAUUUGUUGUACGUCAUUUUUUAGCUUGUGUAUCAAAAAAUGCUGAGGGUUAUGAAACAACAGUUGAUAUUGAUAUUGCUGGUGAAAAAUUUACAACAAAUGGUUUACAAAUAAUUGCUAAAAAUUAUUUAGAAGUUUAUAUUUAUGAAAAAUGGAAUGCCAAAGAGAUUCAUAUUUAUGAAGAGGGUAAAUCAUUUAAACCAACAAGCAUAGAAAUGGUUGAAGAACAAACAUCAGCACCAAAUUUAUUAACAGAAGCUGAUUUAAUAUCAUUGAUGGAUAAACAUGGUAUUGGUACUGAUGCAACACAUGCUGAACACAUUGAAACAAUUAAAUCACGUCAAUAUGUUGGUUUAAAAAAUAAUAUUUAUUUUAUGCCUGGUAAAUUGGGUAUUGGUCUUGUCAUGGGUUAUGACAAUAUGGGUUUUCAAAUGAGCAAACCAAAUUUACGUGCUGAACUUGAAAAUGAUCUUAAAUUAAUUUGUCAAGGACAAAAAAAUCCAGCAGAUGUAUUAACAACACAAAUUAAUAAUUAUCGUGAAGUAUUUAGAGUUGCAUUAGAACGUGCUAAUUUAAUUGAUGAAGCAUUGGCUGAAUAUUUAGAUGAAAGACCAACUGGUGAUGGUAAUAUUGAAAUGAUAACACCUACUGAAGAAGUACCAAUAUUUAAAUGUCCAAAAUGUGGACAAAAUAUGGUACUACGUGAACGUAAAGAUAGUGGAAAAAAAUAUAUUGCUUGUAUGGGUUUUCCAGAUUGUAAAAAUUCAAUAUGGUUUCAAGAUACAAUAAAUGACAUUGAAAUAUUACAAGAAACAUGUGAUAAAUGUACUGGUAAUCCGAAAAAAUUAAAAUUUAAAAUACGACCAGGUGCUAUACCAAUGUAUGGUAAUUGUUAUGAGACUUGUAUUGGUGGUUGUGAUGAUAUGUUUAAUCAAAUAAUGAGUAUUAAAAAUGAAUCUGUUAAAAAAACAAAUGGUACACAAGAUAGUGGUUAUUCAAGUGCUCCACAUAAUACAACAGUUGCAUCACAAUCACAACAUCAAACAACAACAACAACAACUAAUCGUGCUGCUCGUGGUGGUGGUGCUGGUACGACUAAUAGAAAUAAUACAAGAACCCAAAAUUUUCCUUCAUCACGUCCAACAAACAAUCACAAUAACAAACGAACAAGUGAUGAAUGGGGUCCAAGUGAUACUAGUAUGUUUAAUGAAUCAAAAAGACCUAAAAUUAGUAAUCAAUCAACAUGGUCAUCGUCAUCAUCAUCAUCAUCAUUAGUUAAUAGUAAUAAUAGUAAUACAAAUCAAGACAAUAUAUUAUGUAAUUGUCAUGAGCCAGCAAUUAAAUUAACAGUUAGAAAAGAGGGACCAAAUACAGGUAGACAAUUUUUUAAAUGUUCAAAAACAAGUUCAGCCUGUGAUUUUUUUCUUUGGGAUGAUGCUGAGCCAUCUGAUAAUAAUCGUAAUAGUCAAAGAAAUAAUACAUCAUUAAAUAGAACAACAACAAGAGUAAAUAAUAAUUCAAUAAAUGAUGAUUGGGAUGUACCAAGUGGAAAUUCAUGGAAUCAAAAUAACAACAACAAUAGCAACAAUUAUAAUAAUAAUAAUAGAACAAAUACAAAUGGUGGUGGUGGUGGUGGUGGUGAUGAUGCACCAUCAUGUGUUUGUGGUGAACCAGCUCGUAAAUUAACUGUUAGAAAAGAUGGACCAAAUAAAGGUAGAUCAUUUUGGGGCUGUCCACAAGGUGUUUCUACAAAUUGUAAAUUUUUUGUUUGGGCUGAUGAUAAUGAUGCUGGUGGUAGUGGAACUGGUGGAGGUGGUGGUGGUGGUUUUAAUAAUGCUUAGCAAGGACGAGGUGGUGCUAGAGGUGGUGGAGCAGCUGGUGGAACAAGAGCUAAAAGAAAAUGUGGUAUUUGUGGCAAUGAAGGCCAUACUAAAAAAACAUGUCCAGAAAAUUCAAUGGAUUAA